AGGAACACCUCCAGACCAGGCCAUGCCCCCGGCCCCAAACAUCACCACAGCCACAGUCAUGCUGGGCGUGCCAACAGCCACACCCACGGCCCUCCUUCCCCCCCAGAGCAUUCCUUCCAGCCCCAGCAGGAGCCUGAGGAGGAGGAGAGGGUUCCGAAGGAAGACUCUGGAUAUGAACACGCUGAGGGGGAGGAGUCACAUCAGGCUCCGCCCCCUGGGAACAGAGAAGUUUCCCGCCUCAUGACCUAUCUUCAGGAGAAACAGGUCCAAGACUUGAGCAAUAAAAUUGUGGCCCUUCGUGAGGCAUUUCAUUCACUCCUGACCCAGGACAGCACAAAAAACUUCCUGCUAGUUGCAGGAAAGAUGAUUCUUUCAGGGCUGGUCCAGCUCAACCAGGCGGAUAUUAGUUCCCUCUGCACAUCGUUCAACCGCCUGGUGAGCUACAUUGAAGAUCCCGCCCACAGGGCUGGGAUAGAGAGGGAGCUGGCCUCUGUCAACAUCCAUCACACCAACUUCCUGGAUAUUGUGUAUGAUUUCAUCAUUCUGGAAGUGAUAAAAAACAAUGCUGCCUUGCCUCCACAAAACAAGCAGGAACUUCCUUGA